AACCCCGCGGCUUUAGUUGUUUCUACUCUCCAGAGUGUCAGCUAGUUAUUUGUGGGGAGGCGCUGUAGCCAUUUCGCCACAUGAAAGCCCGAUGAGCUGAACGACCAACAUCCGAGUUGUUCGUGGAGAAGAGAAAUCAGCUUUGAGGAGCUCCGCGCGCACACAGACGUACACGAACUCGCGCGCAAAGACGCACGGCACGCAGACACGUACACUUCCUCCUCCUCCGCGGUGGAAAAAAAAAGGAGAGAGAGAGAGGGGAGCAGAGAGAGGACACACGAAACGCAAACUUCCAACUCUCCCAUGUGGAAAGCAGAGGUUUGAGGAUAAGGUUUAAAUUUUCCUCUUCGGGGCUCCGUUCCUCCCCCCCUCUCUCCUUCUCUGUCUCUCUCUCUCCCUCAGUGUUUUUGUCCGGAUAGUUGUGUUUCUAUGAGAGUCUUGCUCGGCGACAAGAGAAGUUUGGUUGUUUGCCUGUCGGCUGAGGAGGAGGAGGAGGAGAAGAAGAGUCGGGUUCAAAGUGGGGGAAGAUGGUCCGCAACGGCGCUUGGAGAAGAAGCUUGCUGUGCGUCCUGGCGCUCAGUCUCGGCUUUGCGUCCCCACCGUGCAAAGCUCGGAUUUACACCAACCACUGGGCAGUCAGGAUAGGCGGUGGACCCGAGGUGGCCGAACGGAUAGCGGAAAAAUAUGGCUAUAGGAACAUGGGACAGAUUGGGGAUCUCAAAGACCACUAUCACUUCUUCCAUAGUCGGACCAUUAAGAGGUCGACUUUGUCCAGCCGUGGUCGCCAUAGUUUCAUCUCCAUGGAGCCCAAGGUGGAGUGGAUACAACAGCAGGUGGUGAAGAGGAGGAUCAAGAGGGAUUACAAACCAGCCCUGCCUCUUUCCAUGUCAAGCUCCGCCCACAGCAGUCCAGCCCAGAACAACAUAUUCUAUAAUGAUGCCAAGUGGAGCAGUAUGUGGUACAUUCACUGCAAUGAUGACGUCCAUAACUGCCAGUCGGACAUGAACAUCAUGGGAGCGUGGAAGAGGGGCUACACGGGUAAAGACGUGGUGGUGACCAUACUAGAUGACGGUAUUGAGAGGAACCACCCAGACCUCUCUCAGAACUACGACGCUCAAGCCAGCUUUGAUGUCAAUGGCAACGAUAUGGAUCCCAUGCCUCGAUAUGACGCAACCAAUGAGAACAAACACGGGACGCGGUGUGCGGGUGAAGUUGCUGCAGCCGCAAACAACUCCCACUGCAUUGUGGGAAUUGCCUAUAACGCCAAAAUAGGAGGUGUGCGAAUGCUGGAUGGAGAUGUAACUGAUAUGGUGGAGGCCAAGUCUCUGAGCCUCCAACCGCAGCACAUCGACAUCUACAGUGCCAGCUGGGGACCCGAUGAUGACGGAAAGACCGUGGAUGGGCCGGCGUCCCUGGCCAGGCAGGCCUUUGAGAAUGGCAUCCGCAUGGGGAGGAAAGGCCGUGGCUCCAUCUUCGUGUGGGCUUCAGGCAACGGAGGGCGCAGCAGAGACCACUGCUCCUGCGACGGCUACACCAACUCCAUCUACACCAUCUCCAUCUCCAGCACAGCUGAGAGCGGACGUAAGCCCUGGUACCUGGAGGAAUGCUCGUCAACGCUGACCACCACCUACAGCAGCGGGGAGAACUACGACCGAAAGAUUAUCACAACAGACCUGAGACAUCGGUGUACAGACAGUCACACGGGGACAUCGGCCUCGGCUCCCAUGGCUGCUGCCAUUAUUGCUCUGGCCCUGGAGGCAAAUCCUCUUCUAACAUGGAGGGAUGUUCAGCACAUUAUUGUAAAGACCUCCAGAGCUGGACAUCUCAGCGCCCCAGACUGGAAGACUAAUGCUGCCGGUUACAAUGUCAGCCACCUGUACGGCUUUGGUCUGAUGGACGCUGAGGCGAUGGUGAAGGAGGCAGAACGAUGGAAGCAAGUUCCCGCUCAGCACGUCUGUGUGGAGAGCGCAGACCGACAAAUCAGAACUAUCCGCCCAGAGCAUGUCGUCCGGUCGGUGUACAAGGCGACAGGAUGCACCGACAACCCAAACCACCAUGUGAUCUACCUGGAGCAUGUCGUCGUACGCAUUACAAUCACACACCCUCGCCGUGGCGACCUGUCAAUCAACCUGACCUCACCCUCAGGGACCAAGUCUCAGCUGCUUGCCAACAGGUUGUUUGAUCACUCCAUGGAGGGUUUUAAGAACUGGGAGUUUAUGACCACCCACUGCUGGGGAGAGAAGGCAGCAGGCGACUGGGUCCUAGAGAUCUAUGAUUCACCUUCUCAACUCCGCAGCCAGAAAGUACCCGGCAAGCUGAAGGAGUGGUCACUGGUGCUGUAUGGCACCUCUGUGCACCCGUACUCGUCUCUGCGCAGCGAUAAGCCGCGCUCCACAGACGUGCUGACGACCACCGAUGAGGAAUUCACAGAGGAAUACAACGGCCCCUGUGACUCUGAAUGCAAUGAGAAUGGCUGUGAAGGUCCCGGGCCCCAUCACUGCAUCAACUGCCUCCACUACUUCCUCAAGUUCAAGAACAACACCAGGAUGUGUGUGUCCGAGUGCCCCAGUGGCUUUUUCCGCGACGAUAGGAAGCGCUGCAAGAAGUGCUCCUCCCUGUGUGAGACCUGCGUUGGUAGCCGUAGCGACCAGUGCACCACAUGCAGGACUGGUUUUCACCUCAACGAGGGCUCCAACACGUGUGUCGCCAACUGUGCCGACAGCUUCUACCUCGACCACGAUUCCAACACUUGCAGGAGAUGUCCAGAGAAUUGUAAGAGGUGCACUACCUCCAGCAUCUGCACAGAAUGUAAACCUGGGACGAGUCUUCAAGGAAACAAGUGCCAGAUGACGUGUGACCCAGGGACGUAUUACAAUGGCCACAGAAGGACUUGUGAGCCCUGUCAUCGGGCCUGUGCUACCUGCGCAGGCACAGGAAUAGAGGCAUGCAUUAAGUGUGCAGAAGGCUACUUACUUGAGGACUGGCGGUGUGUGUCAACAUGCAGUACUGGCUACUACCUGUCAGAGCAGACCUCAGACAAUGGGCAGGUGCAGAGGUCCUGUAAGAAGUGUGACCAUAGCUGCUACGAGUGCUCGGGGCCUGGUGAAAGAAACUGCAGCAGCUGUGUCAGUGGUUACAAUCUGGAGGCAGGAGCCUGCGUGGUCAGCACCAUCUGCAAAGAUGGAGAGUACAUGAGUCAUGAAAAUUGCCACCUGUGUGACGUUACCUGUCAGCAGUGCAAAGGUCCGGAGAGAGAGGACUGCACCAGCUGCCCUGCAACACGGUUCUUCGAUGAUGGGCGCUGUGACAUUCGCUGUCAGAAGGGCCGCUAUGCCAUGGGGAGGCAGUGCCACCUCUGUCACCACACCUGCCACGAGUGCACUGACGAGGGGCCUGACAACUGCACCAGCUGCGACAGAGAUAAGUUUGGGGUGGCCAGGUACCUCUUUCAGGGUCAGUGUCGGGAUGCCUGUCCAGAGGGGUUUUUCCACUCAGCAAGGAGACUGUGUGAACCCUGUCCGGCAGACUGCACCCUCUGUACAGCAGCAGAUCACUGUCUCCACUGCGGCCCAGGACACAGGCUCAAAAAUGGCCACUGCGUCCUGCUGGAGUGCAGUGCAGGUGAGGUUGCAAAUGCACAGGAUGAGGACUGUCUCCCCUGUGACGAGGGCUGCAAGCAAUGUGAACGCAAGGGUUCAGGAGAUCAAGAGCAGAAAACGGUUUGCCUCAAGUGUGAAGCUGGUUACUACCAGUUGGGCACAGACUGUCAUCGCUCCUGUCCAGAUCGUACCUACAGUGUGGACGACACCAUGGCGUGUGCCCCCUGUGAAGACACAAGAUGUGAAAUCUGUGACGAGUCCCAGUGCUACUGGUGUGAAGAGGGAUUCUACAUCUUUGAUGGACAGUGUGUGGACCACUGCAGGGAGGGUUUCUUUGUGGAUGUGGAGAGCCGGGAAUGUGAGCCUUGUCACCGUGCCUGUCGUACCUGCGGAGGGCCACGAUAUGAUGACUGUGACACCUGUGAGGAGGGAGUCACGCUGAAGAGCGGGGAGUGUUUAGAGGGACGACAGCUUGAACUCUGCCCUGAGCAUCACUUCAGAAACAGUCAGGGCGAAUGUGAGCUGUGUCACCAGUCUUGUAAGACUUGCUCUGCUGCACAGAGGGAGAACUGCACCAGCUGCUACUCAGAUCGUUUUUUGACCGCUCGACAGACCUGUGCGUCUCGUUGUCCGUCUGGUACUUUUGCCAGCAAGGCGUCCAGCCGGUGUGAGGAAUGCUCCGAGGGGUGUGUGAUGUGUCACGAUGCCCAGCAGUGCCAGCGCUGUCGCAGUGGGCUUUACCUGCACAACGGAGAGUGUGUGGUGGAUUGUCACAGAGGGUUUCCUCAAGGUGGUGUGUGCCAUCCAUGUGCGCCAGAGUGUGCAUCCUGCCAGGAAAAUUCCACUUACUGCUUUAGCUGUGAGAAAUUGUACCUGCUGUAUGACCACUCCUGCAGGACAUACUGUCCAGAGGGCUAUUACGCCACAGAGACAGAAUGCCAUCGCUGCCCAGCUCACUGUACAGAGUGCAAUCGAGAUGGCCUGUGUAAGAACUGUGACCUUUACUACUUCCUCCAUGAGAGUAAAUGUGUGAAUGAUUGUCCCGAUGGCUACUUCGCCAGCGUGCAGCAACAGGAGUGUGUGCGUUGCCAUGCCGAUUGUGCCACGUGUGACGGACCGGGCUCAGACGACUGUGAUGUGUGUAGUAACAGGAAAGCUCUCCAUUACAACGGAGAGUGUCUGUCUCAGUGUCCCAGCAGCACUUACUAUGACAGCACUACAAAUGAAUGCAGAGAGUGUGACAGGUCAUGUCUGACCUGCUCAGGCCACGAGCCUUCAUCCUGCCUCAGCUGCGAUACCAACCGGCGUAAAGAUGCCAGCGGACACUGUGUGUGGUUCACUGAGUGCUCCCUGCAGUCAUACAAGGAUCAGAAUGGAGAGUGCCAAGAGUGUCACGAACUGUGUCACCGCUGCUCUGGGCCAGGAAAUGACCACUGCUUCAGCUGCAAUAAGCCACACUUUCUACUGAACACCACGUGUGUGCCCAAGUGUCCUGUGGGUUACUAUGCCGAGGGCGAGGAUGAACGUGUGUGUGAGCGCUGUCACUUCAGCUGUGAGUCGUGUGUCGGUCGUCACAGUGUUCAGUGUGUCACCUGUAAGCCCGGAUUCUUCAAGCAGGGAAGCAGCUGCGUCGAAUCCUGUUCGGAGAGCCACUUUGGCAACACCUCCACCAGGGUGUGUGAGCGAUGUGACCCCUCUUGCCGCCACUGUUGGGGUCGUGGUAACAGAAACUGUCUGAGCUGUCGAGACGACUACGUCUACAUCAGGCCAUGGGGACAGUGUCUGCUGAGCUGCCCUCCUGGAUACUACCAAGACAGCCAUUCUAAGACCUGUCACAGGUGUCACCCCACCUGCAAGACCUGCAGUGAUGAGAGCGCUGUGUCCUGUCAGUCCUGUUAUGAAGGAUUCAGGUUCAGCAGUGGCAUCUGUAAUUCCGAGUGUCUUCUAGGUUUCUAUGCUGCUUCACAGAAGUCCAAGAGCGGUGAGCCAAUCUGCAUGCCGUGCCACCAGUCCUGCAUUGACUGCCGAGGUCCCAGCAUGUGGAACUGCACGGGGUGUCCCGCGCUCCAGAUCCUGGCUGAUGAUGGCCGCUGCUUGUCCUGCUGUGGAAACAAAUCACGGCACGACGGUAAACCGAUAUCCAGGGAGUGCUGUGACUGCACUGCAUCACUAGAGGAGUGCAUCCUGGGUGUCAACUUUGUGAUGAGGAGACCAGAGGAUUUAGAGACUCAUGGCAGCACUGUCAAAGUCAUCAUCCCUGUCUGUGUUCUGCUCAUCCUGUUUGUGGGUGCAGGAUUCUUCCUCCUCCUCACCGUUCGAUCUAAAACCAAACCUAAAACCAAAGCCGGAGGUUAUAAGAAACUGGACACCGGUGAAGAAAGUGCCUCAAACCCCACCACCUCUUCGUUUGGGGAGUACAGCGACCGAAUCAUUGAAUGUGAAGAGGAAGAGGACGAUGACGACGAUGUUGAUAUCGUGUACAUGGCAAGGGAUGGGACGGUGUAUCACAGGUUCAAAUAUGGUCUCUUGGAUGAAGAUGAGAUUGAGUUAGAGUAUGAUGAUGAGAGGUACACGUACAGAUGAAAGGAAAGCACCUUAUAUCUCUCUGCAAUUAAUGUCUAAACAUGGGGGAGGGGGGUUAUUUUAUUCGGUUCUCUUCUGGUCUAAUAUUAGUAUUUUCCAUCAAUAAUUGUGCUUUACUGUUUGGAUUAUGCAGUUUAUUCCUUUGACUGAGCUUGUCACAUAAAUUAUUGUUUAUAGGUUGUUUAGGUGAAAUGUGCUUGUGAUUGUUUAGAAAUAAAGUUGGACUUUGAGGGUGCAAUCUUGGUUAUAAAUUAACCUGCAGGGGUGAGUUCAAGUGGCUUUGGGAGACAACUGCAUGUGAAUCAACACACAUUAACAUAUUAACAUUGGAUCUGGUGUUUUGACUGCAUUAUGUAAGAAAGUAUAUUUAAGUGCAUGUGUAAGUGUAAGUGACGGUGGCGUUUCCUUCCUAAGCCUUAACAUGUAAGGCUGAUGUUUUUGUGCUUGCAGUGUCACUGAUUUUUAGACCAGACAUUCUAUAAAUGAGAUUACACGAAAAUCUGAUCUGUUCUUAACUGUCACUUCCUCUCUGCUUGUGCUGAAAGUGUGACACUUACAGAAAAAUGUCACUUAUGAGGGGAGGAUUCAUAGUGGAGUAUGAAGAAGAAUUUUUGUAUUUGAUGACACUGUGGUUUUAAGGAGAAACAAGAUGGGAGGGUUCUGAGAUCUUUUGUUUUUCUUAAUUAUAAGAAAUUACUGAAAUGUAACUAAGUAGAUAAAAUAAUCCUUUACUGAUCCCCAGAGAGGAAAUUCGGGAUGUUAUGUUUUUAUCUGGGCAUAUUUUCUGAUGCUGUUAUUAGAACAAUAUUCAGGCAGGAAUGGGCCCGCGACAAUAGAAUAAAAACAGAGGACUCGUUGAACAUUUAAUUAUACAUGCAGUGGCACUGUUCCCUGUGUAAACUAGAAUAAAUAAUUGCAAUGAAUGAGCCUGGAAAACAUUUGACCCUAAUGCAGCAGUACAGUGGGGUCAGAUGUGUUCAGGUGAUGAAAACGGGUGUAAAGAAGCAGAAUAUUGCAAGAAGUUAGACUUCACCUGUACAUUAAGCGCUUUAUGGUAUAAAUAAAAUGGAUAACAUAUCAUUCAACAUAAAACAAAAGCUUUACAUUUCGGUGAAAUUCAUUAUAUGUUGUACUGUGUAUGAUUGUGCAUGUGAGAACACACUUGAUUAAAGAUUUUAUUGACAUACUGUGUUCACAGUGAAGUACUGCUUCCUGUGCUGCAUCAGUCAUUCUUUUAGUUGUCCUCAGUGAAAACUAUUUUCAGUCUUUUAGAAACCUCAUUUCCCCUUUCAGUAAAGAAACCUGAACCGUUUAGAACAGAAAGGUACCUGUGAGAACAGCUAAACUCUUCCUGGGAAACGAUCAAAACUACUGCUGCGCGAUAAAUGUCAGCAUUCACAAUCUGUCAAGUCUUACUCCCGAAAUAACACUUGAAUAAACUUGAUUACAAUAGAGACUUAAAAUCCAAAAUGACGUUGCAGGACUCAUAUAUUUCAUUCAUUUAAAACAAUUAUGUAUGAAGGUUAAAAAAAAAAACAUACUUGUGUGUUAGAAAGCUUCAUGUCAUUUUCUGAGCUUAACAGAUGUAAGGGCACACACACACACACACACACACACACACAGACGGUACAGAGCCUCUCCUCUUACAGUGUUUUGUCAACAGUUUUUGAAUGUAAUUGUUAGAUUUUUAAAAAAGCACAUGAAGUAAGAAAAGAAAAAAAAUGUAAUAUAUAUGAACAAUAUUCUGUGUAUUGUAGGUUCAUACGUACACUUCAAAGAGUGCCGGCCAUUGUAAAUAACAGAGCAGGCAACAGGAGCUGUGGCCCUUGUUUAGCGUAUCGGUAACAGAGGGGUGGACUGUAGGUCUGAACAUCAGAUAAGCAGCAGUAAAAAAAUAAAAUUAAAAAACAACCGACAUGCAUAAGAACUCGCUUGGCUAUUCAAACUUCAUGUUCCUUGCAUCAUCAAUCAUCUACACCAUCUAUAAUUUUCUUAUGAACCCAGCAAGCUCAUCAUAGAAAGACAGUUAAGUGUCAAGACACGGAUCAGAAGGCGAAUAUAUAUGAAUUAUUUAAGGCCUAUCUUAAAAAUGUGUUUUUAUACACACUUGAUUGAAUAAACAACCCUGCUGCUGGUUAUUAAAUAAUUCCUGUACACAAUGCAUUAAAAACCAUAAAUUCCAUCUAGUGUUCAAUGUAAAGACGGUUAAUUCGUCGUUCAUAAAUUCAUUUUUAGGGCAGUGAUAAACAGGGCUUGUGUCACAAAAGACAAGUUGAAAGACAUUUUUUUCUCAAGAGGAAAAUCAUAAGAGGAAAGCAAGGACACUUCAAUACCUUUAAACUGACAUAACUUCAUAACAGAAUCUCUCCGUCUUCACAUAUAUACCAUUUAGUCAUGUUGUUGCAUAAAGUCAUCCAACUGUGCGACCGUGUUUUUUUGUUGUUAUUUUUACAGAUAAUAAUGCCCAGACUUUGUCUUAAACAAUCAGACACAAAUCGCCACAGAAAAGGACUAAGUAAGUGUUGUAUUUUUGACCUUGGCUGAACAGUGUUCUGUUCACAGUACAGUUUCACUUGUAUUUGUCUUAUUCUUCGUAUACAGAUUGUGACAAAACUGGCUAUAUAUAGUGCUCACCCUCAUCCUUCACCGGCUGUUUUUAGGUACAUUCUCACA